AGUUCCACCUACAGGAUUGUUUUCCCCUUGGUCUUGGAUUUUUAUUUCAUCAAUUUUUCGACAUCAAUCACAAUCUCUUUCUCUAUGUAUGUCUAUGUUGAUUAUCAUUAUUCGCAUUAUUCGCAUGAGUAAAAAGUAGUGUUAAAAAUAGAGCCCUCGCCCUCCAGCUGUUACCUGAAGAAAUAAAGAUAGCAGCCGACCCAUACAUUGUCGUUUACCGGCGAAGAAAUAAAGAUGGCAGCAGCUGCGAGUGCGACCCAUCAAGGGGGCAAGAAGGCUGAAGAUGCUGAACCGCUGCUGCAGCCACUUCGAAUAUUGUUGGGUGUCUGUGGUUCCGUGGCCGCAGUGAAAUUGGAAGAGCUACUCAAUUCGCUCAGCAGGAAUCCGCUUGGAGUGGCCAUUGAUGUGGUACUUACCGAUGGGGCCUUGAAGUUUGCAGAUGUUGACUACAAGCCGAAUCUCUCCGGGGGUGGGACUGGCAAUAGUGCGAGCCGUUCUACUUCGUCCACCAAGAAUGCCGGACUGCAGACGAAUAGCACCACCAAGAUCUCGAGAUUGCUCAAAAGGCCAAGAAGUCACGCAGCGGAUUCGUCCGACAGCGCUGCGCUGAGCAGUAAGGUAAAAGCGGAAACGAACCAUGAUGCAAAUCAUUCCAGCAAAGAAAGUGGUAACUCUGGUACUCGUCCCCAACACGCCCAUAGGUGGGCGUUCUACACAGACGAAGACGAGUGGAGCAAGUACAGAACUGUGCAUGAGGAUCCGGUGCUACACAUCGACCUGGCAAAGCGCAGCCACCUUUUUCUCAUUGCCCCGCUGUCCGCGAACACCUUGGCAAAAAUCGCUCACGGGCUCUGCGAUAAUCUGCUGACUUGCUGCGUGCGGGCCUGGCCGGCAGACAAGCCCCUCGUGGUCGCGCCGGCGAUGAACACGGUAAUGUGGCAAAAUGCGCUCACCCAGCAGCACCUGUCUGCAAUCCGGCGCGUCUACCCCCUCGCACGCGUGAUAGAACCUCGAGGGUCCGCCUUGCUGGCUUGCGGAGACGUCGGAGUCGGGGCUAUGGCUGAGGUGCAGCGAAUACGCGAAGCCGUCCGAGAGAGUGUAGUUGCGACUGCAUUUUUAGGAGCGGCAAGUAGCAAAGGCGGUUACAGCGAUGUGCAGUCGAGGCCGGCGUCAGCAUUAGAAUCAUCUUCAACGGGGGCUUCUACUGCUUUGUCGUCCGCUGCGCCGGCGGAUAUUCCUGCCGAGGCGAGUAGGAGUACUACAGGUUCAGGCUCACGGCUGGAACAAGGGACAAGCGAACAUGCAAAAGUAGAGGAGUUUUUUAAGAAAUCCACGCCGCCGGCAGACCUCACAGCGGUGCGGCAGCAAGUUGCAAAGUUGGUUCAGGAGCUCUCGGAAAACGAAAAAGUGAUUUUAGUUACGUCCGGUGGAACGUCCGUGCCACUGGAAAAGAACCAGGUGCGCUCGAUAGAAAACUUUUCCACUGGCGGGCGCGGAGCCCGAUGUGUUGAAGAGUUUCUCCGGCAGCCUGAUGCUCUCGUCCUGCCAGACGCCGCAAAGAAUGAUAGUGAUUCUUUGCGUGGCUCUCGUGAUCGUGAAAACGAGAAUGCAGAGGCUCGUAUUGCCUCGCCAGCUUCGCCGAAACGCAGGAAAAUAAAGGCGUCGCCCCAGCAGGACGGAUCCGGCAAAGGAGGUGGCGGCGCCUUGAUAUUCUUAUAUUCCACGAAUAGCCGAGAGCUUCCGUUUGUUCGGGACACGCUGAAAGCCGCACGAGGAAAUUUGGAGGAAGCAAGAUCGACCUCUGAUUUUGACGCCGGAGAACACGUCGCGAAACUCCAUGCUGGCUUGUCACGAAUACUCAAUAUGGAAAAGAGCUCCUGGGCGCCGAGUCUAGAAAAACUGAAAAAAAGUCGGACGCGUUUUAUUGCGAUCCCCUUCAGCACAGUAUAUCAGUAUCUGUUCUACCUCCGCGCAAUCGUGACGGAAUUGCAGCCUCUGGGAAAGCGAGCCAUGUUGUUUCUCGCUGCAGCAGUGUCGGACUUUUACGUGCCAGAAAAGGAUAUGGCGACUGACAAAAUUCAAUCAUCUGUUGACGGGUUGUCUUUGACACUGCAACCCGUACCGAAGGUGUUGGGGGAAAUACGCGCUAGCUGGGCGCCGAACAGCUUCCUCGUGACCUUUAAGCUGGAGACGAAAAGCGAACCUUUCUUGUACGAAAAAGCAAAAGGAGCACUGAAAAAAUACCGGUGUGAUUGCGUAGUAGCAAACAUGUUGCAGUCCUACCGGGACUGGGCAACGCUUAUUUGCUACACCGAUCCUGCUACUUCGAGUUCUUCUAGCGGAGGUCAACAUCAAACCAUCAAGCAUGAGAAGUGCACGUGCAAGGCUCCAGUGGUCAAAAGCCCGGUUAGCAAGAACCCAGCCGCACCAGAAGGUGUCUCACUAGACAGCCUACUCGUUGCGAGGUUACUGCAGAUGCAAAAUGAGGUCCUCGUAAAAAAGUAAUGCUUUGGAAAAGUGACCACUGACACUGAGAUGAAGUAGACGCGAAGACGAGGACUCGCCGGAUCGAGUCUUCAUCCUGCUGAAGACUUCUU